CAUUGGCAAACUUUUCCUUAAUUAAAAAAAUAAUAUUAUUGAUAUCAGACCAAGCUAUGAAAAAGAAUGGCACUAUGGUUUCUGUCAUACAGAGUUGUGUCCACUGUCAGAAAGAUUAUCAAUGGAGGUCACAGCCUUUAAUUCUUGGCAGGUAUCCAGCUGGAAAUAUUUUAUUGAGCUUUUCAACUCUAAUGGCAGGUGCUUCAAUAAGCAAGCUACKGUUGGUUUUCAAACAUAUUGGUCUCUCAGUUUACAAUAUACGUACAUAUUUCAAGCACCAAUCUGAGCUAAUAUUCCCAGCCAAAUGGCUUAGUUCUGCAUAUCCCAAAAUAAAGCACUAUUUUGACUUAUGGCAUGUGGCUAGAACCAUCAAUAAAACUCUACUCAAAGCCAGCAAAGAAAAAGGAUGUUCUGCUCUUAAGGAAUGGAUGGCCUCCAUACGCAACCACUUAUACUGGUGCGUUACAUCCACAGAAGAAGGAUUUGGGGAACUUAUUGUAGCUAAAUGGCUUUCCAUUACAAGGCACAUUGCAAAUAAACACAGAAACCACCCUAAUAAGCUUUUUACAAAGUGUACACAUGAAAACUUGCAAAAGAGAAAAUGGAUCUUAAAUGGAACAUAUGCUCAUGAAAGGCUAUGUAAAAUUAUACAAAGAACGGGUCUUGUCAAUGAUAUUCGUCGUCUAUCUAAAGAAGAUCAGACUAGUGCAUUGGAGGGAUUUCAUUCAACGCUAAAUCAGUGGCACCCAAAAAUGCUAAGUUUUUCCUGGCUUGGAACAUACUGCAGACAUAUUUUGGCAUCACUUCACUUCAACGAAAACUUCAAAAGAGAGACAGUAACAAACAGUACAGGCCAAAAAGUGUACAGAGUCAUAUAUCCCAAGUUUAAGUUUGGGGAAGAAAUUGUCCGUGAAGUUGCUAUUCCUCCUACCUAUCAUUAUGUAGAUGAAAUCAGAAACACCAUGUUUAACUUGACUGUUGACAGUCUGGCAGAAACAGCUAAAAAAUACAAGAAACUCUGUCCCAAACCCCUUACACAUAUGUUCCCUGACAGGUUACCUAAAKAUGAGGCUAUUCUACAKSAAAAAAGCAAAUCAAACCUAUACAAGACAAAGCUUGAGCCAAGUGGUAUGAAUCAAGAAUAUGAAUUUAGAUAAAUCCAGUAUUAUAACAAGUAGCUGUUAUCAUUGUGAUUGCCCAUCUAAAUAAGCUG